CAGUAUCCGUUGUGUAAAGCCCUGGAUACUGCUGCUUCACAAACAGCCGGAGGGGGGUGUGAUGUAUCCUUUGACUACAGUGAGCAGCAGUGGGUCUAUAAAAGGAAGGAGAGGGAAGUGCCAACUCACCUCCACCUCCUGAAGACCCAGGUGCAGGUAGAAAAUGUUCGCACUCCUGAUUUGCGUCUUGACGCUGCACCAAGUGCACUCCGCCUGUGUUGUGGUGAAUGUUUGCCCAGAAAACACAACGGUUCAGGCUGAGAUCGUUGACGUGCACAAUGCCUUCAGGAGAGCAGUUCAGCCGACGGCUUCUAACAUGCUGAAAAUGAGCUACAGCGAGGAGGUAGCAGCCAGUGCUCAGGCCUGGGUUGACAAAUGCAUUCUGGCUCAUGGAGCACCCAGCACCCGCAAGCUCAAUGGAUAUGAAUUAGGUGAGAACCUGUUCUAUUCAUCCUCACCUUACUCAUGGACGGACGUCAUCAAUGCCUGGCACAGUGAGGUGUCACACUACCUGUAUCCCAAUGGAUCCACCAACAGUCAAGCUAUCGGUCACUACACACAGGUGGUGUGGAACAGCUCCUACAGAGUUGGCUGUGGAAUGACACUGUGCCCUAACAACAUCUAUUUCUAUGGCUGCCACUAUUAUCGAGCAGGAAACUUCAGGAGAUGGCCACCUUAUAAGGCUGGACCCACAUGUGCUUCCUGUCCUAAUGCCUGUGAAGACAAACUCUGCACCAACCCUUGUCCUUACAUAAACAGCUUCAUCAACUGUCCAAACUUGAGUGUCAUGAUUGGAUGCAGCAAUGAGCUGGUGUACGCCUGGUGUCCUGCUUCAUGCAAAUGCACCAAUCAAAUCAUCCCUAUAGGCUAAAGAACCUGCUGUACUUCACACUGUGUACAACCAAUAUGGUUCUCAGUCUGUGAAAUAACCUGAUUGCAUGUAAGCUUUUAAGAAUGGCAUAUACAAAAAACAAAUGUCUGGAAAAAAAACAGAUUUAAAAUAAUUGUCUUAUGAUAAUGGAAGGGUGUUGACAGUGUUUUAAACUGUGCAUCUCUAAUCAAAACCCUUCAGGACAUUUCACUAGAGAAAAUACUUGCAGUGUUUCAUGCAUAUAAUGUUGUUCAAAUAUAAACUUUACACAUUAUCAUACAGUGAAGGCUGCAUUAAAAAGAAAGUGGCUGUAU